AACUUCCAAAUGGGAAAGUACGGAACUGGUGCGUUUACUUUCAUUUUCUUUAUGUAUUGCUGACUAACAAUUCAUCAUGACGUCUCUAAAUGUUCGUCCCGACACAAAGCAACAGGUGGAUAGCUUCUGCCAAAAUCUUAACAAAGAGGCUGAGGAGUUGGUGAAAACAUUUUUUCCUCAGAAGAUUGAAGAGAUGCAGUUGAUGUUAACGACCUCCUUCAUUUGCAAAGACCUGGAGACUCUGAAGGUCCUGUUGGACAUCCCGAUGCCUGAUCCAGCCAAAGAGGAGGCCAAGCGCAAAAAGAAGGAGGAAGAGGAGAAGAAGAAAGGAGAGAAAGACAAGGGCGGAGAAAAAGAAGAGGACGCAGGGCCUCCUUGUGGUCCCAUCUGCGUGAACGAGACUGUGGAGGGUCUGCUGAAAAACACCAAGAGCCAGAUCAGCACUCUGAAGGAGAAGCUCAACACGGUGUCAUUGUGGAUGCAGCUGCAGGUCCCCAAAGUGGAAGAUGGGAACAACUUCGGAGUCGCCGUUCAGGAAAAAGUGUUUGAACUUCUGACCAACACACGCACUAAGAUUGAGGCUUUCCAAACUCUCCUGGCAAAAUAUUCCAAUGAAAGAGGAGAUGCUGUGGCCAAGGCUGCCAAGAGCCCUCAUGUGGGCGACUACAGAGAGUUGGUGCAUCAGCUUGACCAGUUUCUGUACUGUGAACUCCGCCUCAUAGUCCUGGAGAUACGCAACAUCUAUGCUGUGCUGUUCGACAUCAUCACCAAAAACUACGUCAAGAUCAAGAAACCAAAAGGCGACGGCAAAGCUCCCAUCUACUAAACUCAUUUACUGCUCCUGUUUCCAUAACAACCGAUGCAACUGGUGUUUUGAUACAGAUUUAACUAUUAACAUUACAGUCUGUGAUCUGAUCAGGUUGGAUAUAUUUUUGGGUUCGUAGUUCAAAAUAAAUCAUUACAUUUUUGUUCUAA